AUGCAGCCAAAGUCCAUAACGCUACUACAGAAGAUUGACUCAAUUGUUGAGCAGUUACUCGUUAAGUUUCAGGAUGUUUUUGAAGUUUUGAAGAACGAUGCAAAGCCAAAGGAAGUUUUAGCUGUAGAGUCGCUUACGAUCGAGAACAAUGCCAUACAAAUAAUACGAUUGUGUCAGGAUAUGUUGUCAAUACUGCGAAGUUUGAAGGAAACAUGGAUAUUGCAGACGUUGAAGGUGUCUAAGGACGAGGAGGAGGAAAAUAUCUCAAUACGAAGUCGAAAGUGGAACAAGAGUGAAACCGACGACGUUUUUCAAAUGUUCAAUGAAUUAUCAGAGAAAAUAGCCAAAUUCGAGGGUACCAUCUGA